AUGGCAGGAUUGGCAGCGUCUGACAAAAUUAGCGAUCUGACAUCGGAGAGGACGAAUUGGUGCAUCUGUGUGAAUGUGGUUAAGACAUGGGAGUCGUUUGAGUCUGACGGUUUGGUGAAUGUCAAUUUUCUACUCACGAAUGCAGAGGUGAUUUUCAACUUCACCGUUCUGAUUGACCAAUCUGAGAGACGUUUGACCAAGAUCAAAGCGAGAAUUGUCCUCAUAGAUGGAACCGGGAUCUCUCCAGGUGUAGAUCCAGAGGAAUAUCAGCCGAUGGAUUUGGUCAGAGAUAAAGAGAUAAUGUGUCGUGUUAAAAGAGAGCUCGCGGAUAUGUUUUACGAUAGAGGGCUCCACGGCCGCCAUUUGGAUUCUGUCUGUGCUUUACACAAUUGGAGAAUCGACAUUCACCAUGUUGCCGGUAUAAACGUUGAAAAUGCUGGGAAGAUUUCGUCGUUCGAUUUCAAUCCAUAG